AUGGCCGUCGUCAACAUCGAAUCGUCAGACGUGAACCUAGAAAACCCAAAUGCACCCGCAGGGCCGACACAUGACGACAGCAAAACCAGCAACUCGUCAGGCGUGUACCAAGAACUUCCAGCUGCACCCGCAGAGCCAGCUAAUGACGGCGCCAACCUUCCAUUGCAACCCACCGGAGCGAACAACGAUAACGUUCUAUCGAGCCCCCCCUUACCAGCAAGGAACGUCGUGCACGCUGAAAUUCGCCCCGCUUUACCAGCCACAAGGAACGACGAGAACGCGGACCAUGGCCAGGAUCCGGAAGUGGUCGUCGUCAACAUCGAAUCGACAGACGUGGACCUAAAUAACACAAAUGCAUCCGAAGGGCCAACACAUGACGACAGCAAAACCAGCAACUCGUCAGGCGUGUAUCAAGAAAUCCCAGAUGACGGCGACGGCCCGUUCUAUCACGUUCUAUUGAGACCCGCGUUACCAGCAAGGAACGACGAGAACGCGGAAAUGGACGACAGCAAUGUUGCCCCUGCCGAGCCAACCCCUCUUCCUCUUGAUCUGCCAAAAAUUGGCAGCCUUCCGAGAGCUAGCCUGGCCUCUGGUCCAGUUGCUGAGCCGGAAUCGUCAGGCGUGUGCCAAGAUGUCCCAGCUGCACCCGCAGGGGAGUGCGUGUACGUCGAAAUGUACACACCUUUACGAGCGGGGGAAAACAGUGCCGAGCACCUGGCACAGGCAGCCGCUGCUCCAGUCGCUGAGCCGGAACCUUGUAACGUAAAGGUGGGUUCACCAAGCCAGGAUGGUUUGAAUAUGUCCACCGUCAACAUCGAGUCGUCAAUCGUGUACCUAGAAAUCCCAGCUGCGCACGCAAAUGACAGCGACAGCGCCAACCUUCCAUUGCAACCCGCCGGAGCGAACGACAAUAACGUUCUAUUGAGCCCCGCUUUACCAGCAAGGAACGUCGUGCACGCGGAAAUGGAUGACAGCAAUGUUGCCCAUGCCGAGCCGGCCCCUCUGCCUUUUGAUUUGCCAAAAAUUGGCAGCCUUCCGAGGGCUAACCUGGCCUCUGGUUCAGUUGCUGAGCAGGAAUCUUCAGGUGUGGGCCUAGAAAUCCCAGCUGCGCCCGCAGAGUGCGUGUACGUGGAAAUGCGCUCACCUUUACUAGCGGGGGAAAACAGUGCUGAGCGCCUGGCACAGUCGGCCGCUGCUCCAGUCGCUUGGCCGGAACCUUGCAACGUAAACGUGGGAUCAACAAGCCAGGAUAGUUUGGAAAUGUCUGCCGUCAACAUCGAUUGGUCAGGCGUGUCCCUAGAAAUCCAAGCUGCUCCCGCAAAUGACGGCGACGGCGUCAACCUGCUUCCAUUGCAACCCGCCGAAAGGAACGUCGUGUACGCCGAAAUUUUACCCGCCUUACCACCAAAAAGGAACGAAGAAAACGUGGAUUUGGACGACAGCAAUGUUGCCCCUGCCGAGCCGGCCCCUUUGCCUCCUGAUCUGCCAAAAAUUGGCAGCCUUCCGAUGGCUAAUCUGGCACAGCCGGCCUCUGGUCUAGUUACUGAGCCGGAAAAUUCAAGCGUGGGCCAAGAAAUCCCAGUUGCGCCCGCAGAGAAGGAGUACGUGUACGUGGAAAUGCGAUCACCUUUACAAGCGGGGGAAAACAGUGCCGAGCACCUGGCACAGGCGGCUGCUGCUCCAGUCGCUGGGUCGGAACGUCUUAGCCACAUCGAGACAGCACCCAGCCAGGAUGGUUUGGAAAUGGCCGCCGUCAACAACGAGUCGUCAUGCGUGUACCUAGAAAUAGUAGCUGCUCCCGCAAAUAACGGUAACGGCGCCAACCUUCCAUUGCAACCCGCCGGAACGAACGACGAUCUCUACCUUCCAAUGCGCCCAAUUUUACCGAGCCUUCCAACGGCUAACCGGGCCUCUCGACCAGUUGUUAGGCCGGAAAAUUCAGGCGUGAGCCAAGAAAUCCCAGCUGCGCCCGCAGAGUACGUGUACGUGGAAAUGCGCUCACCUUUACUAGAGAGGGAAAACAGUGCUGAGCGCCUGGCCCAGGCAGCCGUUGCUCCAGUCGCUUGGCCGGAACCUUGCAACGUAAACGUGGGAUCACCAAGCCAGGAUGGUUUGGAAAUGUCCACCGUCAACAUCGAUUGGUCAGGCGUGUCCCUAGAAAUCCAAGCUGCUCCCGCAAAUGACGGCGACGGCGCCAACCUUCCAUUGCAACCCGCCGGAACGAACGACGAUCUCUACCUUCCAAUGCGCCAAAUUUUACCGAGCCUUCCAACGGCUAACCGGGCCUCUGGUCCAGUUGUUGAGCAGGAAUCGUCAGGAGUGUGCCAAGAAAUCCCAGCUGCGCCCGCAGAGCCAGCUAAUGACGGCACCAACCUUUCAUUGCAACCCGCUGGAACAAACGAAGAUCUCUACCUUCCAAUGCGCCCCAUUUCACCAAGCCUUCCGAGGGCUAGACUGGCCUCUCGACCAGUUGCUGAGCAGGAAUCUUCAGGUGUGGGCCUAGAAAUCCCAGCUGCGCCCGCAGAGUGCGUGUACGUGGAAAUGCGCUCACCUUUACAAGCGGGGGAAAACAGUGCCGAGCACCUGGCACAGGCGGCCGCUGCUCCAGUCGCUUGGCCGGAACCUUGCAACGUAAACGUGGGAUCACCAAGCCAGGAUGGUAUGGAAAUGUCCGCCGUCAACAUCGAUUGGUCAGGCGUGUCCCUAGAAAUCCAAGCUGCUCCCGCAAAUGACGGCGACGGCGCCAACCUUUCAUUGCAGCGCGCCGGAACGAACGAAGAUAUCUACCUUCCAAUGCGCCCUAUUUUGCCAAGCCUUCCGAGGGCUAACCUGGCCUCUGGUCCAGUUGUUGAGCCGGAAUCAUCAGAAGUAGGCCAAGAAAUCCGAGCUGCGCCCGCAGAGCCAGCAAAUGACGGCGCCAACCUUCCAUUGCAACCCGCUGGAACAAAUGACGAUCUCUACUUUCCAAUGCGCCCCAUUUCACCAAGCCUUCCGAGGACUAGACUGGCCUCUGGUCCAGUUGUUAGGCCGGAAAAUUCAGACGUGGGCCAAGAUAUCCCUGCUGCGCCCGCAGGGGAGUGCGUGUACGUGGAAAUGCGCUCACCUUUACUAGCGAGGGCAAACAGUGCUGAGCGCCUGGCUCAGGCGGCCGUUGCUCCAGUCGCUUGGCCGGAACCUUGCAACGUAAACGUGGGAUCACCAAGCCAGGAUGGUAUGGAAAUGUCUGCCGUCAACAUCGAUUGGUCAGGCGUGUCCCUAGAAAUCCAAGCUGCUCCCGCAAAUGACGGCGACAGCGCCAACCUACCAUUGCAACCCGCCGGGACGAACGAAGAUAUCUACCUUCCAAUGCGCCCCAUUUUACCAAGCCUUCCGAGGGCUAACCUGGCCUCUGUUCCAGUUGUUGAGCCGGAAUCAUCAGGAGUGGGCCAAGAAAUCCCAGAUGCACCCGCAGAGCCAGCUAAUGACGGCGCCAUCCUUCCAUUGCAACCCGCCGAAAGCAACAACGACAACGUACCAUUGAGCCCCGCUUUACCAGCAAAAAGGAACGACGAGAACGCGGAAAUGGACGACAGCAAUCCCUCCGAGGGCCCCACCGAGAAAAAAGUCAACCAAAAGGUGCCCAUUGGGUGCCCGCGUUCGGUCACCCGGCUACCCCCCGUGGGCACCCAGAUGGGCACCCAUUGGUUAUACCGCAUGUCCAACCCUUCGGGCACCCGCGAGUGGUCAUGCCCAGAAUUCGGGCACCAAAUGGGCACCCAUUAA